AAGAAAGUAAGGAGAGAGUACAAGAGCACUACCGAGGAACAUAGAAUAUACAAGUGCAGUGCGAGGUGGACACUUUUACGAUACAGUAUUGACUCUGGUGAAGAGAGAGAGAGAGGACACAGGAUUUUUUGUGUGUCCCAUUGUUUUGGGGACAGUGUUGAAAAAAGUGCGUGUCAUGAGGUUCAAAUAAAUCUUAACUCACAGCAAUAGGGCACUGGAGUUUUUGGUUUUGUUUCAUUAGUUGUUAAUUUUUUUUUCCUCGUUCGACCCGAAAAAAAAAGUGAACAAGUUUUUUGGCGUACACUCACAACGGAGAAGAGAAUUGUGCGCUGAGCCGAAUUAACGUCGAAGCGAAAUUGGGACAGUUUUGUUUUCGGUGGAAACAAUUUGCGACAAAAAUACGUUCCAGAAAGUGAAAAUUAUGGAGCCGAGAAUAGCGGCAUUGUCGAUGCUGCUGCUGCUGCUGAUUUUAGCAGCGAGCCAAGGUGCUCACGGCUGCGGCUAUCCCGGAGCCCCGGCCCACAGCAGCGUCAGAUUCUCGGGUCCGUCGAUCGAGGACGUGAUCGACGAGGAGGACGGACCGAUCGGCGCCCGGGGCGGCGCCGACAUCUUCGUGCCCGGCACCGUGUCGACCUACACGUGCGAGCGCGGCUUCGAGCUGCUGGGACCCGGACGCAGGAUAUGCCAGGCCGACGGCAGCUGGUCACCCGAGGGUGUGCCCUUCUGUGAAAUUAAAGUCAACCUCUACCGCUACAUGGCGAGUACUUCAAUAUCUGUAAAUCUUCAAGUGGCAAUGUGA